AAUUAGUACGACAGUGCAGUGAACCCCGACGGUAAAUUCGUGAUUUUCAGUAAAAUUUCAAAUUAAAAGUAUAAGGUCACUACGUCGAUGCGAUCCUGUAUCAGAGUGUUUGACAAGAAGAUGUCUGCGUUGAGUGUAAGGGCUCCCGGCCUACAAGCCACUAUGUUGAACACUAGGUCACUUCGAGUGCAGGGAGAAACUACGAUAGAUACGGUGCGAAGAAAUCUAUUCGGAUGCACAGAUAAAGAGGAAAACAGACGUUUCGUUGAGAGGGAGCUGGCUCGGCAAUUGGAUUUAGAUAGUCAGCGUUGGGGUUUCGAUUUCGCGAAUGAGAAACCUUUAGCAGGCGACCAGAGAUUCGCCUGGCAGCUUGUCCCUGCGGCUACAAUUCCUGCUGCUCUACGCCGGUCACCUAUCACCAUAACGCAACAGGCGACGAAACCAGUAAAAGAAGCCAAAGUCUCCAGCCCAAACAACAAUAAAACACAAAAACCACAGAGGAGAAUGACAGAUUUCUUGAGAGUGCACAAGCGGCCAUCGAGCAACGGUGCCAAAUCACCGGCCCACAAACACAAGCAAGAGUUGCGCGGCGUCCACAUCCGUCCGCCCAAAGUGGCGCGGCUCGUGCAGACGCACUUCAAACGCAGUUAGGGCAUACGCCCUCCCCGCUAAUUGAACAAGCUGUGACACUUGUAAUGCCUAGGUCCAAAUAGAAUGUUUGUUAGUGCAGUGCCGAGGACGAGCUUCAUGCCGGGUAUCGCGGCGGCUGACUUUACUCGAUCGUGUACCGUCGGUUCAAUUGGAACGCGGGCGUUUCGUUGUGCAAAUUAUAUUUCUUAAUUUAUUUUUCGAUUUAGACAGUGUUAAACAAUUAUUAAUGUUAAGUAAUUGUAAGAUUUCAGACUAAUAUAUACAUCACAGUCGGAAGGCUCGUUAGGUUAACGUGGACCAGUGAGCGUUAUUUAUAAUUUGACAAUUUAUUUUAAGUUUGAUAUGAUCUCUUGACACGUAGGUUUAGUUAAAUAAGGAAUAUUAUGUAAAGUUAAUCCACCUUGGUGUGAUUGCCGCGCUCGAGUGGAAAUUAGAUUUUAACUCUGGCGGGACAGUUUCACUAAUGUUUUUUUUUUUAAUUUCUUCGAGGACGCGAGGAAAUUAAGAAGAUAUCGAUUAUAAGCAAUAGAACGGUUAGUAUAAGAGAAAUACAAAUACUCAAUAGACUUUGUUAUUCUUUAUAACAAAUGUUGCCAAUUUAAUGUUUAAUAUAUGUAGUUUGUAAUAGAUUGAGUAUUUGUGUUUAAUUGUUUUGUUGUUAUAUUAAUAAUGGUUAAUAUUUUUUAAUAUUGUCUAAAGUGUUCUGGAUGUGAGCAAAAUUUUAAAAUUGUUUCGGUAGACGCGCUGCCCUGGGUAAAGUACAAAUUUCUUCAUUGUUUAGGUAAAGGGCGGGGCGCGGAAUGCUUUAAAAGACAUUUGCUUUCUUUUUUCAUGUAUUUGUGGCUUAUUUACUGGUGGAGAGGCAAGUCAGUAAAUAUGAACUAACUGAAUAUUACGGUUUUUAUUAAUAUUUUAUUAGUGUUGCCAUUUUCAUCAGUAAUAAUGUUGCUUAUUCUGAUGUACACAGGAAUUAUUAUUUAAAAUUAAGAAUAGAUGUAAAUUAAAUCAAUAAAUUAUGUAAAUACAACGUAUUACUUUUAUAUCUCUGAGUUUUACAUUGAAAUCUUGGUCAAUUUGGUUUUAACAUGUCAAAGUCAGUUUCCGACACUUGGCCAUAGACAAAUGAUAGACGUGACAAAGCGUGAUCAAUACCUUACAAUUGUAUACCGAGUUAUAUUGUCUAGAUUUGACCAAUCAAGAGAUGGACGUUUCAUUUCUAAAAGUUAGUUUUUAUUAAAUUAUGGAAUUAUCUUUAUAUGAAGUUAUUAUUUCUCAAAUAUCUGGACCAGAUCGCUAAAAACAAGGUGUACAUCAGAACUAGCAUGGAUCAGCCAAAGUGUGGUAUGCAGUUGACAAAUGAGAUAUAAAUUAAUUUGUUUGACUAUUCACGAUAUAAAAUUGUUAAGACCUUAUAAUUUUAUGGUGUUCAAUUUGACGUAAUUGAAAUUUAUGAAUUAUGUUACAGUCUGAACUUGUCCGCAAUUUGAGACGUCAGACAAAACUUUUUUGUUUAGCCAUAACACGGUAUGGCUUGUGUACUGCUAAAUUUAAUACAUUAUAUAAAAUAUGAUCUCACAAUUUGUACUCCGUGCAAAUUUCAUAUGUUAAGUAAUUUGCCUUGUCAUUUAAUACAUUUUAAUGUUAGCGGAACAUCGCCGUACUGGUACAAAUGUAAAUAGUUUUCAUUACCAUGCGUGCUGGACUCAGAUGUGUGUCUGUAAAAUACAUUUUUAAUUUUCACUCAUGGUAUGUCGCGCAUAGGCUUUGGAUUACACAUUAACACAUCAGGGCCCUUGACAAAUAUGCAUUGCGACAUGCGUGACCCGCUUUCGCCGCUGUAUGGGAGUGAUCACGUGACCUAGGUUCAUGUGAAUACCAUACAGUUUUAUUUGUCUAGGGUUUUACCUGUCAAUUUUAAAGGGAAUUCAUCCAUUGAAUAAGAUCUGUAUUACGCAAUUUUGCAGCUCUGUCUUAGGGUCAAAUAUAUGAAAUUGUAGGGUCGAGACUAGAGAAUCCCGUAUAAGAAGUUCCCGUAUGUCUAACUCAAAUACAUUUUUGAUAUAUUGGAGUUAUAGUCCUAAGUCCUGCGCGUAUCAACUAUUACGUAUUGUAUGAAGUUGAAAUUUUUGACAUAUACUUAGCAUUACUAUACAAUAACUGUUCUAACCUAAAAAUCUGUAAAGCGUGAACUCUAAAGCCCAUGCGCCAUGCACUAAAUUCACUGUAAAUUUUUGCACAUGGUGUAUUUAUUAUCCAGUCGGCGACUACAUAAUAGCCCCAGAGGCAUUGCCGAGUAAAUAAUAGUAAUUGCAAUACAUGUAUUCGGCAAAUAUACGAGAAGUUUAUUUAUCUUAAGUGUAAUGUAUAAAACCUAAAAUUAGUUUUUAAAAAAAGCUUACU